GUUUUGUUUUGUUCAAUUAAAAAGCUGUAAAUUUCGAUUUAAUAUGUAUGUAAUAUUAUUUUCAUUAUUGUCAGGGUUCCGUUUCAGACAUGUCGAAUUAUGGUUGCUAAGCAACAGAUAGCUUGGUUGGGGGAGGGGCUUCCCGAUCGCUUGUGUGUAUGUGUUGCUUUGAAACUGUCGUGAUGUCACAGAUGAAAGCCAAUGUGAUUCCUUUGAUUCAAAGCCAACUUGCUGUCUGAGCAAGGCUAUAAAUAAGCCCGUAUCGAGCCUUUGCAUCAGUUCCGAUUUUUCAGAACACGUUCAUUGCGUUCCCAGCAGACAAACACAGCGACUACAGUCAACGCCAUGUUUUCAUCAAAGAGGAAAGACAGGAUGGAUCUGACCCUUCCACUGACCACAAAGGAGAGUCUUCUCCCGCCCGUUCAGCUCUGCCUGAACAAGCUGACGGAGGCUCAGUGGGUCAAGCUGCAAUCAGGGUCGACUGACAAGGCAACAGAAGAUAACAUAGCUAACGUGUUUGUGGAUAUAAUUGACAUCAUAUCCACAAACAUUUAUGAGGCCAUCAAAAAGACCCUAUCAGAGGGGCGUCCUGGAUUUGUUGCAUCACAGAACAGCAUCAACAUAUCCAACAAGCAAGUCCAGGACUCCCUGGGUGAUGUUGUUUCCCAAACUAUUGGGGCAGCGAUGGGUUUUCCAGAGGACUUCCACUGCAUUUCCACAGUGGAGAUCACCAGCCUCAUGUCCAAGGAAAUUAAGGAAAGGGUGAACUCAGAGCUCUCCGAUAGCAGCGGAAAAAGUGGAAGCAGCAAGACCUCCAACUCUCAGUCUUCCAAAAAGAGAGUGAAGAAAAUUGUUAAGCACAUGGUGAAAGUGCUUCAAAAAUUUGCGGCAAAGAUGUCAUGCACGUCCAAGAAAGGUCAGCAGAGUCAAAAAACGGAAGCCGCUGAACCCAAGACACCCGAGGCAACACUGACAGAGGAGCCGGUUGAAAGUGAGGUGUCAUUUUUGACCCCCGUAACUCCUUUGCAUGAGGAUGGACCAGAAGACUUUCCUUCUGGAGGACGCUUCUCUGAAACCAAGAAAGCCAUCGAGGAGAUCCUGGAUGAGCAGUUAAAUUACAUCAGUGGCAUCAACACCGAAGACAUUUCAGAGGAAGAACGUCGGCAGUUUGUGUCCAGCACUGCCCAGGAUACAGAGAAGGCAGCCUCUGAAAUUUUGAAAGACAUAAUUGAAGAAUUCCAGUUAGACGGCACACCAAGGAGGGUGUCUGAAUCUGAGACCAAGACAUCUUUCUGGAAGAAAGUGGACAAUAAAAUCAAGGCCUUUUUUGUCUACAGAUUUGCCAAGGAGACAAUGCUUAAAUUUGUAGCAAGACUGAGGAGAAAACUGAACUCCCCGGAAACUGGAGAGAAAGCAGUGCUGCAACUACUUGAUGGGUUGGAAUACGUUUUGGAGAACAUGAUGCCAUCAGAAGAAAAUCAGGACACAAAAGAGGCCAAAGAUCAGGUGUGCCUCUACAAACACAUUGCCGCUGGUAUUUCCAGUGGCCAACACAAACUCAGCGUCAAGCAUCUGGGUGAGAUGGUGUACCACCAUCUAAAACCCACAGGAAAGAAGCUACAAGUCAUGGGAGAGAUUCGGACGGAAGUGGACAUGUUCAUGAAAAUGAUGUGGAACUGGCUGAACCAGCAGGUACAAGAGCAUGAGAGAAAGAAGGACCGUGCAAGUGCUGCUCUGAGCAAGAUCAAGAGAGUGGUGGGAUAUCUGCCAGCACUCACAAAGCGUCCCUGGAUAAAGGAAAGUGACACUUCAACAUCUGUGUUUAAAGGCGCAUCAGCUUCUGUCACCGAAGAACCAGCUGUCAGUGAUAACCUACCAGCUUCUGUCACUGAAGAACCAGCUGUCAGUGAAAAGGUAUCAGCUUCUGUCACUGAAGAACCAGCUGUCAGUGAAAAGGUAUCAGCUUCGGUCACUGAAGAAUCAGCUGCCCUUGAUAAAUCUGAUGAAGCUUCAAGAGGGACCACAGUACGCUCAGUUGAAAGGCGGGAAAAAAUGUGCCUUUUCUUGGUGACAGGACUGGUUAACCAGAUUCUAAGUGCAGACGUGAGGAGUCAUCUGUCCCAAGAUGUCAUCAACACCGUCAUUGUGACACUAAAAAAGAUGUUCUCUGCAGAGAUGACAGGCUCCGUCCUUCUAGACUUAAAAGGCCACGACAUUAAAAAGAUCGUCAAGGCGGUGCAGGAGGACUUGUGCAAGAAGAUGGGCACCAAAACAACGGUCCAAAUGCACCUGCUGUUAAAGGAAGAGUUUAUUUACAAAGAAAUAGUUGAUUCUCUGAAAAAACAUCUGAUGAAACAACAAAAGAAGAGCUGCUGUGAAGGGUUCUUUCGAACUCUUUACAGGGUCAUGGCUAAGCCAUACAACACCUGCUUCUGAAGUCACACCAAAGAGCAGCCUAAUCAUCGGUGGUCUCAGAGCAGGUGGAUAGAACAGGCCUUUUUCACAGCAGACAUUUUGGAGUGAAAAGCACACACAGUCAAAAUGUCUGCUGUGAAAAAUGUCUAUUGGGACCUGAGAUCCCGUCUCAUGUCCAGGUGCAAACUCUGUGCUAUCAGCUUCAUUUCAACUGGUAGCACAAAGCGCUCAACCUGGAUAUGACGCAGGACAUCACGUCUCAGGGCUGCACAGGUGCCUCAGUGUAAAACACUGUGGCCUCGCAGCAACGAGGUCAGCGCUCGAUUCCGGGCCCUGACCUCGUUGCUGCGAGGAGGUACGACUACGGGUUUCCUCCGAGUGCUUCGGUUUCUUCCCAUAUUCAAAUUAAUUGGAUAUAAAAAAUGAAAUGAAACGAGAAUUAUUCGAUUGAAUAAAAAUUGAGAUCAAUUCCAGUUAGACGGCACACCAAAGAGGCAGUCUGACCCACAGGAAAGAAGCUCCACGUCAUGGGAGAGAUUCGGACAGAAGUGGACAUGUUCAUGAAAAUGAUGUGGAAGUGGCUGAACCAGCAGGUACAAGAACAUGAGAGAAAGAAGGACCAUGCAAGUGCUGCUCUGAGGAAGAUCGUGAUUUAAAGAAUUUCCCAUCGGGGAUAAAUAAAGGAAUUCUGAUUCUGAGAGAGUGGUGGGAAAUCUACCAGCACUCACAUAGGACCCUGGAUAAAGGAAAGUGACACUUCAACAUCUGUGUUUAAAGACGCUUCCAGAUAUAAAAGGCCACAUCAUUGAAAAGAUCAAGGCACUGCAGAAGGACUUGUGCAAGAAGAUGAGCACCAAAACAAUACGACUAAUACGACUGCGGGUUUACUCCGAGUGCUUCGGUUUCUUCCCACAUUUAAAUUAGUCGGAUAAACAAAUGAAAUGAAAUGAAAAGUAUUUUAUUCAGUAAAAGUGUAGCAAAUAGAAAUAAAUAUAUAAAUAAAAAGUAUAUAAAAGUGAAUUAUAUUUCUAUUUUAAAAUGUGUGAGUUUCCGUAGUGUAGUGGUUAUCACGUUCGCCUCACACGCGAAAGGUCCCCGGUUCGAACCCGGGCGGAAACAGUAUUCU